UCGAUUUAAGCAGUGCACACCCUUUUUCUUACACCCCCUACUAUGAGUGGAGUCGGUGGACAUUCUGGCAACCAUACCAGGAAAGUUCCCACAUCAUCCCUAAUAAGGACAAUUCAGGAAGGAGGUGGGCGUGUCAAGUGCUUAUGUGUUGCACGGUUUCUGUUCCGGGGAGGCGCCAAGGCCAGCGUUCCUCGUGGUGCACCCGGGAGUUUUCCUCUGGGUCGUGGCAGCCUUCGGUUUACGCAGCACCCGAAACAUUUACGCUCCAACAUGCAGGAUCCUAAUGCAGACACGGAAUGGAAUGACAUCCUGCGUAAAAAGGGCAUCCUUCCUCCAAAAGAGAAGCUGGAAGAGCAGAGGCAGGCAGAAGAAGAAAGGGAGCAGCAGAUCAUACAGCAGCAGUCAGUUGUGAAGACCUAUGAAGAUAUGACCUUAGAAGAACUAGAAGAAAAUGAAGAUGAAUUCAAUGAAGAAGAUGAACGUGCUAUUGAAAUGUACAGGAAGCAAAGAAUAGCUGAGUGGAAAGCAUCUCAAUUGAAUAAAAAAUUUGGAGAACUUCUGGAAAUCUCAGGACAGGAUUAUGUCCAAGAAAUUACUAAAGCUGGCAAGGAUAUAUGGGUGAUAUUACACCUUUACAAACAAGGCAUUCCUCUCUGUGCCUUGAUAAAUCAACAUUUAAAUGGACUUGCAAAGAAAUUCCCUGAAGUCAAGUUUGUCAAAGCCAUCUCUACAACUUGCAUACCCAACUACCCUGACAGAAAUCUCCCCACAAUCUUUGUUUACCUUGAAGGUGAUAUCAAGGCCCAGUUUAUCGGACCACUGGUGUUUGGAGGGAUGAACCUGACCAGAGAUGAAUUGGAGUGGAAGAUAUCUGAAUCAGGUGCCAUCAAGACAGACCUGGAGGAAAACCCUAGGAAGCAGAUCCAGGACCAGCUGAUGACAUCAAUUAAAUGCUCUGUUCCAACAAGGAGAGAAGAAAGUGACUCAGAUGAUGACUAAGACUUCCUAUUUGUGACAAGCCAUCCAAUCCAUGCUUAGUUAGGAGAUCCAGUUGAAUUCUGUGGGACUUACAAAUAAGAAUGCACAGGGUUGCAAUCUAAAGGCAAUUGGUGGAAUUUUUUCCUUUCUUUCAAUAAGGUAUUUUGGUUGUGUGUAAGCUGCAAAGGAGCAAGUCAUGGAAAGCAGUGUUGUUCAAUCCAUGAUAAAAUUCACAACGAGAAAUAGGAAGCAUUGGUUAUGGAACCUCUGUAUGGGUGUUAGUUCCAGUAGUGGUUUUACCCUAAUGAUAUUUUCUUGACUGGCUGGGGUCACUUAGUGGUAUUGCAUUCUUCUCUCCUCCGUCCAGACAGACACACAUAAACACUUGCUCCAUAGUAAUUUUGACAGCUGUUGUGCAUGGUCGGUUUUAUCUAAAAACAAAGUUAUGACCUGGACAGGUUAUCAGCUCAGAAAACAGAAACAAAAAAACAAAAAAACCCUUGCUUUGAGAAGUCUGGGCUUGUAACCUUUUUGACAUGUAGCUUCCCCAGUAUGUGAUUUUUCCCCCCUGGUACAUGAACAUAAAGCAUAGACACUGAAUUUAUUUUAUGAUUAUAGUCUAGCCAAAUUUGGUUCUAGGGUUUCCAAAACCCACUAUUUUGGCCUUUAUAAAGUGAACAAUGUCUUUCUUAGCCCAGAUUUUGUAAGAGAUAAGAUGGCCAUGUCAUCCACAUAAAGCAAAGUGGUUAUCUUCUGGCCCAUUGGGCUGGAGGGGAUUGGUCUACAGAAUUCAUUACUUGGAUGAUAUCAUUCAUGUAAAAACUGAAUAAAAGUGGAGCCAGCAAAGAACCCUGUUUAAUCCUUUUCACAAGGGGAAUUGGAUCCGUAAAUCAUGUGGGCAUCCACUCUGAUUCUAAUGGUAAGAUUAAAAUAUAAUUCUCUUAGGCUGGUUUUGCACGCCGAAAUUGCUUCUCUGCUGGCACGGGGAACGCCCCAAUGCAAUGGAGAGUUCUGCACUGCCCCCGUUGCUGCAACAUGUCUGCCAUGCUGUUGCCCCGACGCUGCCCUGGAGCAUUGGCUUUGCUCCACUGCUUUCUAGAACCGCAAAAAUGGAGGUUCUUUUUGAAUGCUCCCCUGUUGCUCUGGAGGCUUCCCUGCUGUGCAGAACUUCGUGGCAGAAACAUUGGGGACACUUUUACUGCCUCACUGCUCUGGCCCACCCCACCAAACAAGAAUGCCUGCCUUCCCUCUGCCCCCCACCACCCAUGCACGAGGAGUUUGCAGGGGGGAAGCCAGUGGUUCUCUCGCACACAUGAGGAGUUUGCUGGCAGGGAAGCUGGUGAUUUUCUUGCACACACAAUGAGUUGGCGGGGGGCGGGGGGGGGGGAGCCGGCAAACUCCUCGUGCAUGUGAGAGAAUUACUGGCUUUUUAAAAUAAAAAGUUUUUUUAAAUAAAAUUCUGACAGUGAGUGGGGGAAAUGGGACAAGAUUAGGUCAAUCAGAAUGCAGGAAAUGGAGUGAGCUUCAGCCAAUCAGAACCCAGGAAACGGAGGCUGUUCGCACAUGCACGGAAGAGAUCCCGGAAGAGCUCGCAGUGCUUAUGGCAAAGCCCCACAGUGGUGCAAAACCGUCAGGGAUUCCCGUGCAGGCCUUGACUCAAGUCAGAGUGGGGCAAGCCCCGCAGCAGGUAUUCUCCCGGACAUUUCUACGUGGCAUUUCUACAGUGCAAAAACGGCCUUAGAAGCUUAAAAAGUGUUCAGUCAAUAUUAGUUACGUACCGUAGCCUGGUGUGCUCGAUACAAUUGAAGGCCAAAGUAAGUUCUACAACCACUGCAAAGAGUUGAUGUUUAAAAUUUAAAAAAUAUUUCUCAAUUAAAGUUUUUAAAACUAGA